CAUUGUUUGUCAUUCAGAGGGAUUCAUAUGGGGAAGCUGAGGGGAACCGAUCAGUAUUCCACACAGACACGCAAGAUGAAACUCCAACAGGUCUUCCUCUGCCUGUGUGCAGUCAUUGCCACUGUUUGGUCUGAAGAGGCGACGGCAUUGAACCCCAGAGGUACCCGUCCGGUUGAGCAUGGUUAUAAACCUGAUAAAUGUGCUUCUGAAAAGCAGUGGCCUUUCUGUAUUGAUGACCAAUGGGGUAAAAAAUGUCCAUCCGGCUGCCGUAUCCAAGGGCUCUUAGACAAAGCUGAUCAUGAGCUCCAAAGCAGAAUUGAGAAACUCCGUCAUAUCCUCGGUCAGGGCCAGGGCGAUUACCGCACUGCUAAUCAACAGUCCAAACAGACUUACAGCUACCUGCGCGAACAGCUGAACUUGGGUGCAGGUCAGGAUAGCAGCUAUUUGUCAGUGGCUGACCAGCUGAGGCAAAGGAUUACAGAGAUGAAGAUUAAAAUUGAUCGUCAGCUCAAACUGCUGGAUGCUCUGAAGAAUGAGGUCAAAAAGCAAGUCAUUGCCAUGCAGAGACUAGAGGUGGACAUUGAUAUCAAGCUCCGUUCCUGUAAAGGUUCCUGUUCUAGUUAUCAGGCAUUUUCUGUUGAUAAGGACAGUUUUGCCGCACUGGACAAGCAGCUUGACCAUCUUGAUUCCUUGGCUGUUCAGUCAGUGGAAACCGUCUCCUCCCUUCGGGUUAUGAAAAGCCGUCCGUUAAAAGAAGAGCUUGUUUCCUCUGUGUACAAGUCUGGGCUUACAGGUGGUGAGCGUGCUGAACAAAAGCUGGACCUCUUUGGUGACGUGAAGCAGGUGGAGUUCUCGUUAGAGGCCGAGGGUUCCACAGCUGAGUCUGCGGCUACGGUCAGUAAAGUAACCUUAGGUACGGGCUCAGCCACCUCACCCUCCACUACAACCCAUGUCUCUACACACACUGUCAGCUGCACAAAAACAGUGCGCAAGAUUACAGAGAUGACUAAAGAUGGGCCAGUGGAAAGGCAACGGAUAGAGUACAGUGGUGGGCCAGGCUGUGACCGCCUCAAAACACUAAGCGUUGAUGACCACACUCUCCUUGCUGCGGCCAAGGAAGGCAAAGAUCUGUCUGUUGGCGGUUACAACGUAAGAGUUACUAGUAGCAGCACAGAUGGAACCGACGAGACCAAAUCCAUCACAACUCUAAGCCGCGGUGACAGUGGAUUUGAUGGGCUUGGGGGAUUUCACGAUGACUUCUUUAAGGACUUGGGCGGCUCUAGCUCUAAGAUGUCCACCUCCUCUUCCUCUUCCUCAUCGACUUUCUCUAGUCAUUCCUCAAAAUCCAGCGGUUCCAGCAAAGGAACCCUCUCCGACUCCAAGACCACUUUUUUCGGAGGUCCACUUUUGGGAGAUGACCUUGGGGGAUUUUUACGUGGUGAAGUGGAGGAGGACCUCCCUGAUAUCCAUGCCAGGAGUGUGAAGACCUCCCGAACUGAGAGAAGGAGUGGUUAUGUGGGCGGAGAUUGCGUUGAUAUCCUCCAGAAGCAUACAUCGGGCGGUCAGAGUGGCCUGUUCAGAAUAAAGCCGGCGGGCUCAGAAGAGGUAGUGGAGGUUUUCUGUGACCAGGUCACCGGCCUGGGAGGCUGGACUCUGUUCCAGCAAAGGGAGGAUGGGUCCGUUAACUUCAACCGCACGUGGGAUGAUUUCCGGAAAGGCUUUGGCCGAAUAGACCAGAAAGGGCGGGGUGAGGUUUGGCUGGGGAACAGACUCCUACACCUCCUUACACAGAGGGAGAGUCUAUUGAGAGUGGAGGUACAGGACUGGGAGGGGAAAGAGGCAUAUGCAGAGUACAAUAUAAAAGUGGGCUCCGAGGCUGCAGGCUUCCCGUUAAGCGUGUCAGGUUAUAUAGGUGAUGCAGGGGAUGCUUUGGUGCAGGGCCAGCCUAAUCUUGGCUUCUUCCUUUCACACAAUGGCAUGAAGUUCAGCACCUUUGACAGGGACAAUGACAAGUGGGAGGAGAACUGUGCAGAGAUGUAUGGAGGAGGCUGGUGGUAUAACAACUGUCAGUCUGCGAAUCUCAAUGGGAUUUAUUAUAAAGGGGGUCAGUAUGAUCCAGGCAGUAAGAGUCCCUAUGAGAUAGAGAAUGGGGUGGUGUGGCUCCCUUUCAAACCGGCUGACUACUCGCUCAAAGUGGUCCGCAUGAAAAUAAGACCAGUCUAAUCAAAUGAGAAAACCAGGAGGAUUGGAGACAGACAGAAAGAGACAGAGAGAAAGAGAGGAAGAGAGAGAGAGGGCAAACCAUUCUACCGAGAUAACUGUCACUGUGGCCAUUAUUCUUCUUCAAAAUGUUUAAGUGUGUCAAUGCCUUGUAUAAAGAUAAAAUGAAUUACCUCAUAUUUUCAAUAAAAAUGUGUUCACUUA